UGAGGUUAUGUCUAUUUGUUUUGAUAUGACACACACUUUCAAUGGUGAGCCGUAGUUAUUUGUUAAAAUCAUGAGGCUGCUAAAUAUUAACGGCUUUCACUAUAAAAAUGUGCCUUUAAGGCUAUUAAGUUGUAAAUAUACCAUUGCAACAUUCGGUAAAAAUAUCUCAACAGCUUCGAUUGAGAGUGAACAUGGAAACAGUGAGAGUAAACAAGCUGAUUUUAUUGAAACAAGACUUAAUUUGUGGCACAAGCUGAAAGCUGAAUAUGAUGAAAGUUUGAAAACGAAACAAAGUAAACCAAUUAAAAUUGGCGUUCAACAUGGUCAAGUGUACGAAGGUGGUGUUUCGUGGCGUAGUACACCAUAUGAGAUUUUCCGGGAAAUCAACAAACAUGCACUUAAACACGCAAUCGUAGCCAGAGUGAACAACGAAUUGUGGGACUUGAAUCGACCUCUGGAAAAUGAUUGCGAAAUGGAAUUGGUAAAUUUUGACAAUCCACUGGCGAAAGAAGUGCUAUGGCACAGCUCAGCUCAUGUAUUGGGAUCGGCUUUGGAAAUAGUUCACGGGUGUUUAUUGAACAGUGGUCCAGCCACCAAUAAUGGUUUCUUUUAUGACAUUUAUAACAACGACAAACUUAUCUCAGAGAAAGAUUUCCCCAUAAUCGACAAACAAAUCAAGAAGACUCUUCGCCAUAAAAUUCCAUUCGAAAGAAUCGAUGUGUCGAAGGUCAAUUUACUUGAAUUGUUCAAAUACAACGAAUUCAAGUUGCGAAUUAUUCGGGAACAAAUCGCCGAACGAGGAACGGUUUAUCGAUGCGGGACAUUGAUUGAUUUAUGUACUGGUCCGCACGUUAAACACACAGGAGUGAUAAAAAUGUUUAAAAUUCUGAGUAGUAAUUUGGUCGUGACAAAAGAUGAUACAAAACUAAAUCGGAUUAGUGGAAUUGCAUUCCCUCGGGAUGAAGAUUUCAAACAAUGGGCACUUGACCAAGAGGCUGCUGCGAAACGUGAUCAUCGCAAAAUUGGCCGUAGCCAAGAUUUGUUCUUUUUCCAUGAAUCAUCACCAGGCUCAUGCUUCUUUCAGCCAAAAGGCGCCCACAUUUACAACACACUAUUGAACUUCAUCAAAGACGAGUACCGAAAAAGGGGAAUCCAAGAAGUAAUAACGCCGAACAUUUUUAAAUCACAUUUAUGGAAAGUGUCUGGCCACUGGGAUCAUUAUGCUGAAAAUAUUUUUUCAUUUAAAACGCGAGACAAAGACGAAUUCGUGCUAAAACCCAUGAAUUGUCCAGGUCAUUGCUUGAUGUUUGCACACAAAAUUAGAUCUUAUCGUGACCUACCGUUACGAUUUGCUGAUUUUGGUGUUCUGCAUCGAGAUGAACCAACCGGUGGAUUAACCGGACUAACGAGAGUCAGACGAUUUCAACAAGACGACGCCCACAUAUUUUGCGAAGCCGAUCAAAUCCAAAGUGAGAUUGAUUCAUGCUUGGAAUUUUUGUCACAUAUUUACGGAACAUUCGGAUUUGAAUUCAGUUUGGUGCUUUCAACGCGACCCGAUAGCUAUCUCGGUGACUUGGAUGUAUGGAAUCGUGCUGAGUUGGCAUUGGAAAGUUCUCUAAACAAAUUUGGUAAACCGUGGAAACUGAACGCCGGUGACGGUGCAUUUUAUGGUCCAAAAAUUGAUAUCACAAUUACUGAUGCUCUGAAACGAGCACACCAAUGCGGUACCAUUCAGCUGGAUUUUCUACUGCCGCAGCGAUUCGAACUGACCUACGACAGCGAAAAUGACGUAAAAAAUACACCAGUUAUGAUUCACCGCGCUAUUUUUGGGUCAUUGGAACGAUUCAUCGCCAUUUUAAUCGAACAUUUUGGUGGUCGACUACCAUUCUUUAUAUCACCAAAUCAAAUUAUGGUUGUACCAGUUCAUUCAAUCUUCGAUGAAUAUGCAAAAACGAUUAGGAACAAAUUGCACGAAGCCAAUUUUUGCGUUGACGCUGAUUUUAAUCCACAAUUAACAAUGAAAAAGAAAGUUCGUAAUGCUCAGGUCGGACAAUACAAUUUUAUUUUGGUGGUAGGCGAACAGGAAGCUAACACAAAUCUGGUCAAUGUUCGAACUAGGGAUGGAACAGUCCACGGUCAAAUCGAUGUCGAUGAACUUAUUGUUAGGCUACACAAAUUAAGUAGGGAUUUCAAAUUGAACGACAACAAUUUUUGAAAUGAAAGAUUGCAUUACGAAUAAUGGCUAUUAAAUAUUUAAAUGGUAGCUUGUGUAUGUAAUUUUUAGAUUAAACAACGUCAAAAGUAAUAAAAUUGAAUGGAGCAUUUCCAUUAUGGAAACGUAACGAAA